AUGUGGCCAUCCAAAUAUGGCCUAGGUGCCCAAGUCGGCUAUGGUGUACGUGGAAACGGCAUAAUACGAACCCAAGAAGGACGACGACUGCCGCAAGUCGAGUUUCCAAGCCUUGAUAAUGGCAUCGAUAGUGAUGAAAUUAUUGGCGUUCUGGCAUCAAACGAAACCUUCCCCAGCCUAAAACCCGUCAAGGGGUCCUUGCGUACCGUAGUUGAACCACAAACAAGCGACUUCGAUCUCAACUCAACCAUAUUCAACGAUCUUCUGUCGGAUCCGCUCGAAAAUUUGUACAUUCCUCAAGAUAUCCUAAAAUCGUAUCUCAUAGAAUCUGGCUCACUUACAUCCACCAUUGCUUAUGAUCCGACCAUUGGGCCUCGUUUCUGUAUAUUUCCGCUAAGAUCUCGCUCAAACACUUCUACAUCUACGGGCAUAGCUUACGUUUCUGGUGAAGUUGGAACCGUGCUAAACUUAUCUAUUAUGAAAGUUUCUUGCAUUGAUUCUGAACAAGAGAUCCAACUAUCCUCGCCACACUUUGACGUUCCAUUCCAGCUUACUUUUUCCGAGCCCAUAAAGCAAGUUGCUUGUUCCAAUGUCGCAGGUAGUCUUCUCAUUCGAACGUUUUCCCGAGUCUACGUUGUUCAGCCGUUUCAGUCCUCUCUGCAUCGCUCUGGUAUCUACCUAGAGCUCUUGGGACAAGUCAAAAGCUCUAGUCUCAACCAGGAAUCUUUUGCUGAUGCCUGUUUCAAUCCAUGGGACCCAAAGCAAGUAGCUCUCGUGGAUGUUAAGGGACAUUUUGGAGUGUGGAAUUUCUGUCCCAAUGGAAAAUCUGAUCCAAAACGAGUCAACAUCUCUGCUUCUGAAUCGUUUAUUGAUAACGUGCAAGAACUUUCUCACUGGAAAAAGAUAUGCUUCUUUGCACCUGAAGUGAUGUUUGUAUUCUCAAGGUCCUCUUUGACUCAAUGUACUAUAGGACCACCAUCCCAAUGUUCAAGAUUAAUGACCUCCAACACCUGGUCCAGUAUCCUCGACUUUCAAAGAGCCCCAGCAGACCUGAAAUACUCAUUCAUGCUCACGUCUCGAGAGCUCAUUUGGUUCGAGAACGAUGGUACAUUGAAGAGACUCAUUUCCUAUAAACACUUCCUAGACGAACGAGAUCCUUCCUGGAAGUUAAACGUGUGUUCCGUGGACUCCACAACAUUUAUUUGCAUUAUUUUUUCACAAAAGGCACCGCUUUAUUUCUUAUACACUUUUGGCCUCAAAAGCGGCUUGCCCUACAGCUUACGAUCCCCAUAUUAUAUCCGCUCAUUAAGCAGCUAUAACCAUGAAGCUCGAGAUAAUGUGCUUCAAUUGCAUGUAUUUCCCAUCGACAAUUCCAGCAGCAAGAUUUUUGGAAUGUUUGAACUUCACACUGACUUUGGACUCCAUUUUAGAUUCUUGAGUACCACAAAAAUUAUAAAGCUAGGAGAUACUGUCGUGACUGACGGACUAUGGAGCAGGUCAGGCACACCUGUGGAGACUGGUAAAGGGUUUUGCCGACAUAUGUCUGCCAAAGAUUGGAAAAAAUUAGUCGAACAGAUGCUGUCUAAGGUUAAAACCACUUCAUCUGAUAGCACUGCAAUUCAAGAAUUUGCGCUGAAAAUAGGCGAAUGGGCACUGGCUUUUGAUGAGAACCUGCUUCGUAACGAGGCAAAUGGAAGUUGCUCAUUACUUGAUAUAUCUGAGAAUCCACCUACAAAUGUGCGAGACAUUGACGAGUUUGAUUCGAUGAUCGAACAAUUGGGUGAAUAUUUCAAACUGAAACAGUUUGAGUUAUCACGAGAAAGCGAAGACCUGCUACGAAAUCGGCUCAAUUCGUUGAGGCAAUACUAUGGCAAAGAGCAGAAUCUAGGCUCAGUUACUCCAGAGAUUCUCAAUAGGACCACAUUGGAAUUGGGCUGCAGUAUCUACAGGGCCAAGCAUUCGAGCACGAAUCAAGCAUAUGAAGAAAAAUUCAAGGAAGUGAUUCAAGAAGCAAGCGAUGAGGUGAAGUCCAUAUUAGGUGACUGGGAAUCGGGAAUUGUUGUUGCUGAUGUCACUACGCAGCCUGACAUUGAGCCCUCUGUGAUCAUGCCUACCAUCAACAUCAACAGCAGUCAGUCACAAUCAUCACUAUUUGCUCCUCUAUCACAAGGCACUCAAUUGAACUCUCAAACUCAGUCACAAGCUCACAGAUCACAGAGACGUCACAAGAUGUCGCAGGGCAGCCAGAGAAGUCAACGAAAGAAAAGAAAAGGAGGAUUUGCAUAA